UUUACAUAGUUCCUCAUCAUCAUAGAAAUGUGGAGUGUAUUGGCUGAAUCCUCAUGCAAACAAGAUCAUUAUGGUCCUGGUUGAAAAGUGACACAUUAAUUGAAAGAAAAAAGGGGAGAGCCCAUAAGAAAAAGGAAAAAUUGGUUAAUCUACAUGACCAACCUGGUUGCUGCAAAAGAAUCAGCCAAAAGGAGUGAUUUAAGAUCCACUGCAGGUGUAUGCACAGCACUGCUUCUGUAACAAAAGCCUACACUCACCACAUCUUGGGAAGAGAAUGGCCACUUCCUGGGGGGCAGCCUUCUUCGUGCUGGUGGCAUCCUGUGUUUGCAGCACUGUCUUCCACAGAGACCAGCAGACUUGGUUUGAGGGUGUCUUCCUGUCUUCCAUGUGUCCUGUCAAUGUCAGUGCCAGCACCUUGUAUGGAAUUAUGUUUGAUGCAGGGAGCACUGGAACUCGAAUUCAUGUUUACACAUUUGUGCAGAAGAUACCAGGACAGCUUCCAAUUCUGGAAGGAGAAAUUUUUGAUUCUGUGAAGCCAGGACUUUCUGCUUUUGUAGAUCAACCUAAGCAGGGUGCGGAGUCUGUUCAAGAACUCUUAGAGGUGGCCAAAGACUCCAUCCCCCGAAGUCACUGGAAGAGGACCCCGGUGGUCCUGAAGGCAACAGCGGGACUGCGCUUACUGCCAGAAGAGAAAGCCCAGGCUCUGCUCUUUGAGGUAAAAGAGAUCUUCAAGAAGUCACCUUUCCUGGUACCAGAUGACAGUGUUAGCAUCAUGGAUGGAUCCUAUGAAGGCAUAUUAGCUUGGGUUACUGUGAAUUUUCUGACAGGUCAGCUGCAUAGCCACAGCCAGGAGACUGUGGGGACCCUGGACCUGGGGGGGGCCUCCACCCAAAUCACAUUCCUGCCCCAGUUUGAGAAAACCCUGGAACAAACCCCUAGAGACUACCUCACUUCCUUUGAGAUGUUUAACAGCACUUAUAAGCUCUAUACACAUAGUUACUUGGGAUUUGGAUUGAAAGCUGCAAGACUAGCAACCUUGGGAGCCCUGGAGACAGAAGGAAUCGAUGGACACACUUUCCGGAGUGCCUGUCUACCGAGAUGGUUGGAAGCAGAGUGGAUUUUUGGGGGCGUGAAAUACCAGUAUGGUGGCAACCAAGAAGCAGGGGCGGUGGGCUUUGAGCCCUGCUACGCUGAAGUGCUGAGGGUGGUACAAGGAAAGCUUCAUCAGCCAGAUGAGGUCCAGAGAAGCUCCUUCUAUGCCUUCUCUUACUAUUAUGACCGAGCUGUUGACACAGACAUGAUUGAUUAUGAAAAAGGAGGUGUUUUAAAAGUUGAAGAUUUUGAAAGAAAAGCAAGGGAAGUAUGUGAUAACUUGGAAAACUUCACCUCAGGCAGUCCUUUCCUGUGCAUGGAUCUUAGUUACAUCACAGCCUUGUUGAAGGAUGGCUUUGGCUUUGCAGGAAGCACUAUCUUACAGCUCACAAAAAAAGUGAACAACAUAGAGACGGGCUGGGCCUUGGGGGCCACAUUUCACUUGCUGCAGUCUCUAGGCAUCUCCCACUGAGGCCACGCCCUUCCUCUGAGGCCUGCAUUUGCCAACAACCUUGUUAAAGAAAGAACGAGAAAGGAGAGGACUCAGUCAUGUUCUGAGCUGGGCUGGGGACAGCCUAGACUGAAGCCCAGCAGCUGGUUUCAUCAGGAGGAAGGGGCUUUUGUAGAGUCUAGAGUUGGGUUUAAUUAAUUUUACACAUCUAAUGUGAACUGUUUCCUAACCACUCUUCGUGCACAGCUGGUACCAGUGUCUACAUCUUUGAGAUUCCUUGUGUUUCACAAGAGCCAAAAGGAAUAGCUUUGGAACCUAACCUUGGAGAACCCAGGGAUAGAAACCUGGGAACCAAAGAAAAAUCUCACUUCAACUCUUUUAGUGCCUCAUUCCUUUGAACGUUUUUAUUUUCCCCUUACAUGUUAAACUAAGCUGAUUGACUACAAUCCCAUGACCUAUCAACACCAGUAUUUCUUUCUUCCAGACUCUUUGCCCUGUCCCACUUUUAUCUACACUCACCUGCCCUAAAAAAGAAAGAAAAAAUACAUGGUUUUGCUUUCCAUGUGUAAUUUAAAGAGAAAAAAAAAAAGGUACCAUAUCUGAAGUUGUGACCCUGCUUUGUGUUAGCUCCAAUCAGCCAGCGGAGAGCCAUCCCAGAUCUUAGCAGGGUGGAGAGCAACUCCUAACUGGGCAGAUCCCAGCCUUAAGAUAGGAGGACAUCCAGUUUCUAGGGACAUAUUUUGGGAGUGUGUGGCUGCCUUGUAUAGACCACCUUCUCUUAAUCAACUUUCUAUCAGUCAACCCUGGGAUUAGUGAACAUAUCCAGCCUUAUAGGAAUGUGUGUGUUCAGUGCGAGUACCUCCUCCCAGGCUAAUGUGUUUAUAGUAAUUUGUCAUCCUAAGCUUGUUUGCUUUGUAUUUCUAAGAAAUGCAUCUAUACCUUAACUGUUGGUCUGUAGAGAGAGGCCUGUGGCUGUGCUGGUCAGGGAUCUAGAUUUUGGUAAUAGCCCUUUUCAGUUUGCCCUUUUAUUCUGUUUCUUCCCUGGCCCCUGAUCAUUUUAACUACCAUCAUCUAAGUUAUCUGUCUAGGUCCAGGGUUUCUGAGACCCUUUGGAGGAUACCUGACAGUGGAUUUGGUUGGCCAUUUUGGCCCACAUCAGUACAAUGGAUUCUCACUUUGAGUUUGAAUGUUCAGAGCUCUUGAUUUUGUGAAUUCUUUCCCCCAAAACUCACUACCUUGUACUUUCCACAUGACCAUCAUUUGCUUCUUGUCUGCCCAUUCGAGUGCUGUUGGUUGUGAAAGAUCUUCCUGUAGUCUGGCUCCUUUGCCUUUUUUCUUUACCUUCAGCUUCUUCCCAGCAGAAUAUAUAUCCCCAGACUUGUAGCUUUCACAGUGGACUCUUUCAGCUUUUUCACAAAAGGUACUAAAUACACCCAGCCCUCAUACCAGUUCCUGGGGAACCUUAUUUUUAAAGGUAUUCCAUUGGGUCUGUAUUUAACAUCUGAUGUGUACAAGUAACUAGGCAAAUUUCUAUAUCCUUAUCCCCCAAAUUUUAGUUUUUCAAUUCAAUGUGUAAUUUUUUUCAUUCUUCACACCUUUGUUUAAAUGGAGGUACUGGGGAUUGCACCUAGAACCUUGUGCAUGCUAAGCAUGUGCUCUACCACUGAGCUAUACCCUCCCCCCAACACACACUGAUUUUUAAUUAUACUGAAGUCACCUUUAAACCUAUUGUCUUUUCCUUGAAAAAUGUUAAUACAUAAUGAAAUAGAAUCUUCACAAUUGGAAACAGCCUAGAUAUAUCAUCCAGUCUUCUACCCAUUGCAGAAUUCCCUUAACAUUUCCAGCUGGUUGUCAUUCAGCUUCCAUUUAGGGAUGUUUUCAAACAUUACUCAUUCUACUUUGGGAUUGCACUGAUGUUUAAAAAUCCCUCCCUCUGUUGAGCUGAAAUCUACCUAUCUUCUCAGUGGUCUUAGUUCUGCUCUAAUCCCUCCUUCCACAGCCUUUCAGUCUUUUGAGGAAAACUCCCAAGACUUUCAGUCUCCUCUUUAACAUACCACAUGGCUUUUGGACCCAUUCCCAUCUUUGUCAGAAAAGUAGGGUGUUAGAGCCAGUCAUCACACACUAAAUGUUGUUCCACAUCAUUAGAGAGAGACCAUUUCUUAUUAGAAACCAAGUUGUUGUCCCAAAAGAUAGAUUAGCUGUGUUCACUGAACACUCCUCCAGCUUGAUGGCUCCAGAGAGGUGAGACUCCCUGGUAUUCAUCACCACAGCACAUCUCUGAAGAUUUCCUUGUAAAUAAAGGCCACAUAUUGUUCAGCAGGCUGCUUCAGUCACUCCAGAUACUUUCAGAACUUGGGUAGCUGCGUUGUAACUUCAGAAAUAUAUCUACAUAUUUUCUGAUAAUCUUGAUUAGACCAACUGGAGAAUUAACCAAUUUAUCCAUUUUUAGGAGCAAUUUGUAAUGAGAAUGUCUAUUUCUUAGAAAAAACAAUUUGUCUAGAAUAUCCUUUCUAUCCCUUGUUAUACCUUUUGGGCCUCUUAUUAAAGGGUCCUACAGUCCUACAGGGUCUCAUGAUGGUGGUUACGUUUCCUUUCUGUAAAUGUUAUAUAUUUCAAAUACUUAGGACAUGGCCUGACACGUAGUGGAUGUUUUGUGUUUGUUGUCACCGUAUGAAGAACAUCCUCUGUGGGUUCUGGUUGUCCUUGCAAGGUGUGCCUUAAAAAUUCAUGUCUUGUCUGAUUUUGCUGGCAUACUUUUGAAGUCCAUGUUCUCCUUGUCUGGGCUACUUUCUCGUUUUCUGUGAAAGAUGGCCUUUUUUCACUACAGUGACCUUCCUGGACUCUGCCAGCAGUCAAACAGCUUUUCCCUGUAGCUGCCAUCUUUCAUUCUGGGCACAAUUUUCCUGAGAUUCCAGGGAAGUUUGUCACACCCACACCUUUUUUUACUCUAGUAUCAUGAAUUUUCUGCAUUUACCUGAAAAUUAACAAAAUUUCCCAUUCCUUCAAAAAUAUUUCCCAAGAGUAGCUUAGCUUGGUUCAAAAGCAUACUGUUAUCUUCUUUUAUCUUCAAAUCAGACUUCUGGGCAAGAUGUUCUUUAUAGUAGACAAAUCUAAUGGAUCCAAAAAGCUCUUCAAGAGGCAUCUCUGGUACUGUGAGGUAAGCGCUUCAAAAAUGCACAGCAAAACCACCCAACCCCCACCUCCCAGCCAGGUCAGCCACCAAUCUGCAACCAAACAUGAACAAAUUCUGCUGCUAAUCAUGUUUUUCCUUUUGACCUGGUUCCUGAGGUCUUUAAACCUGUGCAAUGAAAUUAUUUAUUGUUUUAUUACUGAACAGACAAUGGUGUCCCACAGAGGAAACAUAAAUAAAAUUGAACUAUGGUGCUGUGAUGGGGAAGUAGUAACUAGCAUUUUAAGAUCUGGUUUUCUUUUCAGAAAGUCUAGUAUACCUAUAACAAAGGUUAAAGCAAUUUCUGUUUGAUUCUGCACUCUAAUGUUAUACAUUUUAAAACAGCAGUUCUAACAAAAAUGCAUCAAUUGAUUAUUUCUAAUUCUUUAUCUAAAAAUUAUAUAAAUUUACAACCAGCAUUUUUUUUAAUUGUAUAAAUCAUCUCUUUAGAAAGGAUUGCUAACAAGUAAAAAUGAAUGAGACAGCACCUUAGCAAUUUUUGUUUUGGUAAUAAAAAGCUCUUUUCAGUCAAA